AUGUCCAAAAGCAUGAUACAAAAUCUGAUUCCUAAAGAAUUUACGUGGAAACUACUAUUUGCGGCAUUAUGUUUUGGAUUAUCAGGAGCUGCAAGAGGAUUGGAUGAAGGACUGAUUGCUAGCACAGUUGCAGAGGGCUCAUUCAUCCAGCAAUUCAAAUUACAGGAAGAUGAUCUAAGUGCUACCGAAAAAGCAAACCGUCUAUCGAAUGUCACAUCCAUGGUUCACAUUGGAAGUCUCCCAGGGGCAGUUGCUGGUUUUGUCUUAUGUGAAUGGGUUGGGAUUCUCUGGACAAUGAGGGAAUUGUGCUUUACGUGGAUAAUUGGGUCGAUUAUUUUCAUGACAUCUCAUAAUAUUGGACAGGUAUACGCAGGACGAUUCGUGAUGGGGUUAGGAAUUGGACAAGCGGGUGUGAUUGCGCCCGUAUAUUUGGCUGAAGUCGCACCUCCAACUAUGCGGGGGAUGAUGUAUUUCGCGAUCUGGGGUGCAUCGAUUCAUAUCUCGAAUUCUAAUGCUGCUCAGUGGAUUGUCCCGCAGAGUGUACAAGCGAUGUGGGCAACUUUGUUGUUGACUGCUUCUUUUUUCUGUGAAGAGAGCCCUAGAUACUUGUGCAAAAGCUAUAUGCCCGAAAGAGCAUGCGAGGCUUUUGCUACAUUGUGGAAUCUUCACCCUAUGGAUGCUGCCAUUCAAAUUGAAAUGCGGAAUAUCAGGAAGCAGCUCGAAGAAGAGCAGACCGAGUCUCACAAUAGAUCCUUAAUAUCAUCUUUGAAGGAGUUACUUACAGCUAGGGACAACCUUCGCCGAAUCAUGUUUAUUGUGAGCUUGCAGAUUUUGAGCCAGUGGUCUGGUCCAAACUCAGUAACAACAUACGCACCCGAACUGUUUGGGCUCUUUGGAGUUGCCGGAAACAAUGAAAAGCUUUUUGUCACAGCGAUCUUUGGACUCAUCAAGCUCGUGGCUGCAUUUGGAUGCGCAGUAUUUCUUAUCGACAGACUGGGCCGGAAGAGAACCCUUUACAUCGGUAUUACUGUCCAGCUCAUCGCACUUAUCUACGACUCGAUAUUCCUCACAGUAUAUUCAAAUCUCUCCAAUUCAGCGAAAAACUCAACUUCAUCACUACAAGCUGCGGUCGGAUCGAUCGUUUUCAUGUAUUUUAUUGGUAUUGGCUGGGCCAUUGGGUGGAACUCGAUUCAGUAUCUUGUCACAGCAGAGACUUUCCCUCUUCGUGUCCGACUUUGUGGUGCAAGUCUGGCAACAUGCAUUCAUUUUGGUAACCGAAUUGGUACAUCGAAGGUAGCUACACCUUCUAUGCUACUAGAAUCUGCCUUGACACCAGCCGGGACAUUUUGGUUCUUUUCAGGGAUCUCAUUCAUAGGACUGGCUUUCGCUGUUGUAUGGCUUCCUGAAACAUCUGGUAAAGGCCUCGAGGAAACCAAUCAGUUGUAUGCCGGGUUGUCUGCAUCACAAUCUUCGGCUAACACUACCGCCACUUCGACUACCGUGGUUGCAUCUUUGAAUUCUAGCCAUACAGCCGUGCCUGAGCAUCAAUAG